AACUAAAUAUAAUAAUAAUAUUUGACCAAAUCUUAUACCAAUUGUGGUUUCUCAAAUGGACAAUACACUUUAAAUGACAAUUCUUAAAUUUGGUCUACGUUAGUGCAGUAUAGAAGUACAUUUUUUCUUAUUAUUGAAAUAAUUAUAACUUAUUACAAAUAUAAGUAUUUUUAUCAAUUGUUUCACAUUUUGUUCUGAUGACGGACUUUCACAGAAGUGCAUUUAAAUCAGUUACAGGCAAGCCAAUGGAUGAAAUUUCAAUCGCUCAUCACAAUUUGCUUCGACGAUUCCACCAAUUUCCUACUGCUAAUAUUUUAACAGAGGGUGCCUCGUGUUCUAGGGACACAGAAAACGAUGUAAACAAAUCAACAUUAAAUACAGACCAUUCUUCGACAAACCCAUUUCGGCCUUGGUUAUGCGAGAGUAAAACGACGACAAAACCCGAUAGUACAAAUCCGGAAACAGAAUGUCCGGAACCUAAAUCAGAUCAGACGAUCGUAUCCAGAAAUAUUUUCAAACCAUCACUUAGUGAUUUGUAUCGUUACCAAUGGGCACAACAUUUAUACCGUUCUCCAUUUAAUUUUCUAACAUACGGACAACAAGCUCUUUGGACAGAUCCAAGAUUUUUUCAAUUUUUUGGUCAAAGAAAAGAUUUGUCACAUGGAAUGUUUCCAAAUAAAUACACCGAAGAGGGAGAAGUAAUUGGAAAAGGUUUAUACGAAUGUUUGAAAUGUCUGAAACAGUUCAGCACACCUCAUGGUUUGGAAGUCCACGUGCGACGUUCGCACAGCGGCAGACGACCUUAUGCUUGUGACAUUUGCAACAAAACUUUUGGUCAUUCUGUGAGUUUGUCUCAGCACAGAGCCGUUCAUACUCAAGAAAAAUCUUUUCAGUGCCAGCAGUGUGGAAAAUCAUUCAAGCGAUCUUCAACCCUUUCUACUCAUCUUCUCAUACAUAGCGAUACGAGACCUUACCCAUGUCCAUAUUGUGGGAAACGAUUCCACCAGAAAUCAGACAUGAAAAAACACACCUACAUACAUACAGGUGAGAAGCCAUACAAGUGUACCCACUGUGGAAAAGCAUUUAGUCAGUCAUCGAAUCUCAUCACACACUGCCGUAAACACACGGGUUUCAAACCAUUCUGUUGUCAGAAAUGUGGUCGGUCAUUUCAAAGGAAAGUUGACCUCCGCCGCCACCAAGAAACUCAGCACGCAGAGGAAGUGACAUCAUCGGCGGAAGCUUGCAUGGAUAUGAGUUCAGACUGUUUAGUUUCAAAAACUCCACCUGCAAUCAAUAUUGUAUAGACACAUAUACCUUUGUAGUUAUAAUUUUAUAGACAUAGAAAAAAUAGUCAGUGGGAUGUUUGGGUAGAUGAAAAUCACACAUUAUUUAUAUUUUUACACACAGUUAUAUUCUAAAUAGCUAAUACAGUUUAUCUAGUGCUAUUCUUAAUCGACAAAAAUAGAGUACUAUUUGUAUAUUUAUUGUUGAACUUUUUACAUUUUAUGUUUACUAAUUUAUCUUUGCUGCUUGCUUGCUAAAUUGGAAAUUACUGUAUGUAUCUCCGUCUGUAAGUCAGGCCUUAUUAGGCAACAAAACAGAGCUGUUAUCUCUCAGCUUCAAUGAAUUUAUAAGUGUGUCUGUGUGCGUGCCUGUGCGUGUGUCUGUCUGCAUGCAUGUGUUUGUGCGUGUGAUUGUCUUCGUACAUGUGUGUGAUAUGAGCAAUAUUGAAAUUAAGCAGUCAAAAAAUAAAAGUAAGAUGUGCAUACAGUUAUAGUUUUAGUCAAAUUAUCGGUUAUUGUGCACCAUUUCCUUCAGUGAAAUAAAGAAUUGUAAUUAAA